AUGGGAAGUUAUUUGUCACGCCGCCGUGAAGCAUUGGCUGCACAACCGCCACAAUACAACUCAAGGGCCAAUGUGUAUGAAGUUGCUCCAUCAAAAGCGGAGCGUAUUGAAAAUGAAAAAGAACGUCGCAUCCAAAUCGAACUUGCUCGACAACAACAUCAACUGCAACAUAUUCCUUAUCCUCCGGGCUUUAUAGAUCAUUCCUUAAACUAUGAACGUGGGAUUCACAGAAAAAAAUUGGUCAAUCAUCUUGGUCCUAAAUAA